UCCCUCUCUCAUUACCCACCCCAUCUCAGCUUUUCCUUCUCUCUCUUCUCCCACUCUCUUACUCCCUCUUGUUCUUGUUCUCCUCCCUCCUAUAAAUUCUCUACUUUGAUGAAUUCUAUGAGCUCUGCUUAAGAAGUACAAGAAGAAUCAAAGCUCAAUUGGGUUUGAAUCAGAUACAAAAAUUUGUUUUUUUUUUUGUUUUCUGAGGUAGAUGGAGAAGCUUAGCUUUGUUAAGAAUGGUGUGCUAAGAUUGCCACCUGGGUUCAGAUUCCACCCCACAGAUGAAGAGCUAGUUGUUCAGUACUUAAAACGCAAGGUGUUUUCUUGCCCUUUGCCAGCUUCAAUCAUCCCUGAGGUGGAUGUUUGCAAAUCUGACCCUUGGGACUUGCCAGGUGACUCGGCGCAAGAGAGAUACUUUUUUAGCACAAGGGAAGCCAAGUACUCAAAUGGGAACCGGUCCAACAGAGCAACUGGUUCCGGGUAUUGGAAGGCGACCGGGAUAGACAAGCAAAUUUCAACUUCUAAGAGCAACCAAGUUGUGGGGAUGAAGAAAACUCUGGUUUUUUACAGAGGAAAGCCUCCACAUGGCUCAAGAACCGAUUGGAUCAUGCACGAAUAUCGUCUCGUUGACUCAACCCAGGCUUCUAUGGAGAAUUGGGUUCUUUGCCGCAUAUUUUUGAAGAAAAGGGUUACCAAAAAUGAAGAGGAAAUCACACAAUCGCGCAAUUGUGAAACCGUGCCUGUUUUCUAUAAUUUCAUGGCCAAAGAGAGGACUGUUUUGGAUCUCAUCCCUGCUUGCUCAUCAUCGGGUUCGAGUGGGGUCACAGAGGUCUCUGAUCAUGAAUCAGACGGUCAUGAAGAAAGUAGUACUUGUCAUAGUUUCUCAUCCUUUCGAAGAAAACUUUAGUUGCAAUAUCUUUUAGCAGUGUCUGUAUCAGUAAAUUGAGCUUCCAAAAUUCCCAUCAGAAUAACCCUGUUAGAGAUCUGAUGUUUGGUUACAGUUCCAUGUCUCUAUGGUAAGAGGUAUUGAAAAAAGAAAAAGAAAAGAGAGAUUAAAACUCGGCAUAAACUGUUGUCAGUAAUUUGGAGAGCAAAUGAUGUUAACAAAUGGUACUAUUCUGUACUCAAAAUCUGAAAAUUUUAAAGUCAGUGGUAAUCUAUCUUUCUCUUUAAUGCA